GUUUUGUGCGAAGAGGUCCAGAGAAGACAGAAGAGAAGCUGAGAGUCGCUCAGCUCGCCUCAAAACGCCCUGUUUGUGUAGUUUACACGAUUUUAAAAAUACACAGCUGUUGAACUAUUGCCCGAGUGGAGAUAAACUCUCCAAAAUGGAUCCAUUUACUGAGAAACUGUUGGAGCGGACCCGGGCUCGCAGAGAAAACCUGCAGAAGAAAAUGGCAGAGAGACCAAAUGCAGCAAACAGACAGAUGGUCAAAAGACCCAGAGAGCCACUGGCUGACACAAAUAGUGUGAGCAGUGAGUUAGUCAUUGAUAAAGUUCCACAGGUCUCCAAACCUUCUCCGUCCAAGCGCCGGUGCUCAGGGGAAAAUGUCCAGCCUACAUCCCGGGAGGAGAACCAGGAGCCACUGGUGACACGAGCUGUGGCUCCUGUGCUGUCAGACCCUCCGACAGACAAGAAACCCCCAGUGGGGCCUGCCAGCGUUCGACAUUCCUCCUCCCUGGAGAAGACUGCUACCCGUCCUGCUGUCCAGUCUCAGCCAGGGCAGCUGAAAACUGCAGAGCCGGAGAAGAUGGCGGUCGCCUCUGCCCCUGAUCUUCCAAGCAGCAGAGCAGCAGAGAUGGUGCCCUCCAGUUCAGCCCUGCAGGGGAACAAGGAGGACCUGGUGGAAGAUCAAGCUCCAUCUGCUGCUGGCAUGAAGUCUCGUCUGCAGAGGCUAGCAGAGCAGAGAAAGUGUUGGGAUGGCAGUGGAACCUCUGAUGCAGUUGAAGACUGCACUCCCCUGUCCGUGUUGAAGAGGCAAGCUGAGGUUCCACCAGCGGUCGUCCCCACCGUGUCCUCAGCAACUCCACUGGGAAGGAGAGGCAGACUGGCCAACCUCGCUGCCACCAUUGGAUCCUGGGAGGACGACCUAAGCCAUGCUAACAUUCCCCAUGAGAAUGCAAAAGAAAAGCCCGUUCCCAAGUUAGCUGUCAGAGAGGCUGCUGUGCCUGCCGGCUCUAAACCAAGUGCUGCAGGCCAUGUGGUAGCCAGUUCAACUGCAAGCAGCAAGUCUACAGCCAGCUCUAGUCAGGCUGUGUAUUCUCCAGUAAAGUCCGGCCGAGUGGUUCUCCCGAGUCCUCAGAAGGCUGACAUUCCUGCAGCCAGCCCAGCACUAAAGUCAGUAUCAAGUCCUCAGAAGAGUUCCAUUCAGGGAUCCGCCUUCCCGUCCAAUCUCCAGAAGGCCAGCCCCCAAUCCUCAACAUCAGUGCCUCAAAGUCCCCUGAAGAAUCAGGCCCCCUCCAGGGGUCUCUACUCCACCUCUAGCCCCCAGAAGCCAGAACUCUGUGCCAAGCCCACCAUUGCUGCCCCGACUGUACCCCAGGAAAAGGCCUCUGCUGGUGCUCCUGGUGUAAAAUCUUUCGUGGAGCGAUUUGGAGAGAGAUGCCAGGCACGUACCAACCAGAGCUCCCCAGCAGGGGGCCCUACCCAUGCCAAGACUCCUACUGUAACUCCAUCUCCAGUCACACCAAACACCAGACUGGUACAGGAGAGGCUCAGAGCUGCCCAGGCUGCAAACACAAGCACAGCUGAUCUCACCCAAAGACAGAAGCUGGAGCGAGAGUCUGAGCUGGCUCAGAUUCGCAGUCGCUUUCAGAAGGGGAACAGUGUGUGGAAAAAAGAUGAAGCGGCAGAAACCAGUAAAAACACAGACAUCAAGGACCAGUUUUACAAGUCUGUGGAGGCUGAAGUUGCCCCACGUGAACCACAGGAUGAACCUCCAGCAACCUCUACUGAUUGUACACAUACACCAACAAAGUGCAUUCCUCCAGCAGGUCAUGGGUUGGUGGUCUCGCCUCCAGCCUUAACAUCCAGUCCUCUGAGGGGGGUCGCCCAUACUGUAGAGAAAACAACAGAAGAAGAGGAAGUGAUCAAGGAGCGAGAGAUGAAUGUGGACCAGUCCAUCAACUCUGCUGUUAUCAAUGAUUUGUUUGAUGGAAUCCUGGAGCAGAGUGAAGAUCAGGAGGAGGAGGAGGAAGAGGAGGAAGAUGCUUUGAAUAUCUCCUCCAUGUCCCUCCUCACUCCACUAGCAGAGACUGUGGCUGCAGUGGUGAAGAGUCCAGAGAGAAGGAUGAUGACAUCCACUCCAGCCAGCUCAUUCAUCGUAAAGAGCAGCACUCCAGGCAGUGCUUCCAAACCCAGCAAGUUCCAGAGAACUAACAUGGUACGAACCGCCUCCUCAGACAGCAUUGAGGCCUCAGACGAGGACCACAAACUGCCAUAUAGCAUUGAUGCAUAUAGGUCCAUCAGGGUGAAAGAGACGGAGAAACCCAAUGUGAAACAGGUGAUUGUGAGAAAAGAGGACGUUUCUAACAGAAUGGAGGAACCCAGAGGAUCCAGUCUCUUCAGUAUCAAACAGAAGAUGAAGAUUCUGACGAAUGAGAUGAACCUGCAGCAGACAGUUAUUCAUCAGGCCAGCCAGGCACUCAACUGCUGCACAGAUGAAGAGCAUGGCAAAGGAUCCCAGGUGGAGGCUGAGGCAGAGAGGCUGCUGCUGGUGGCAACGGAGAGGAGGGAAGCACUGAAGGUCGAGCUGGAACGUCUGAAAGGAGAUCCAACAGGCCAGAAAAAGGCCUCUGUAGCCCCAGAACCUACUAGCAUGUCUGCCUCCAAGGGCUCCAUCACCCUGCAGGAGUUACGCCUGCCUCUCAAGGCAGACUUUGUUUGCUCCACUGCCAACAAGCCAGAUUCAACCAAACAUUCCUUCUUCAUCAUGAUUCGUGCUGGAGCAGAGAACACUGUGGCCACGCCUUUAGCCGGCACACACCGCAGCCUCAGUGGGGACACCCUCGCGUUCCCCACAAAGUUCACCAUAUCUGAUGUUUCCAGUGACUUUGAGGUUAAUAUUGAGGUCUAUGGCCUGGUGCAGAAGCGUGAGGUCUGCAAUGACAAGAAGAAGAAACCCAGCAAGUCAAAGGCUAUCACUCCAAAGAGAUUCCUCACCAUCACUAAAAGCGUCCAGACACCAGUUUUGGCCAGUCCAGGAGGCCCCAAUGCUGUUCGCACCAGUAACUUCGUCAUGGUUGGAUCACACAAGCUCACCCUGUCCUCUAUAGGGAAAAACAAAUUUCCUUUGGAGAAGAUCAAAUAUGUACGAAGUGAAAGAGAACUACUCAGUGGCAUGUUUCAUACCAAGGUGCCAUUCCUGUGCCCUCUGGAGGGCCACGUCUACCUCAAGAUGCAGUGUGAAGUUGGCACAAAGGUGGAGGAGAGGGGCUUCCUGACAAUGUUUGAAGAUGUUAGUGGAUUUGGAGCCUGGCACAGGAGGUGGUGUGUCUUAUCAGGAUACUGCAUCUCCUACUGGACCUACCCAGAUGAUGAGAAGCGCAAGAAUCCCAUUGGUCGUAUCAACCUGGCUAACUGCACCAGUAAGAAGGUGGAACCUGCCAACAGAGAGUUUUGUGCCAGACCCAACACAUUUGAGCUCAUCACAGUCAGACCACAAAGGGAUGACGACAAAGAGACACUAGUCAGUCAGUGCAAGAAUACCAUGUGUGUCACCAAAAAUUGGCUAAGUGCAGACACUAAGGACGAGAGGAAUCUGUGGAUGAAGAAACUGAACCAGAUUUUGGUGGAUCUGCGAAUGUGGCAGCCAGACGCCUGUUACAGGCCACUGUAAUUACUGCACUCUGUCGCAACCAGCCCUUCUAUCUUUUGGACUCUUAAUAUCAGUGACACAUGCAAAUACUAAGUGCAAUACAGUAUCAGAAUUUUUAAAUAUUUUUUACUUGUGGAUAUUUUACAGGCGAUAAGUAAUCAAACAAAGUUAGAGAUCAGAGGAAGGUAAAUAAAGCCAUACAUUUGAAACAUUUCAGUACAGUAUUUUGUGUAGGAGUUUGAGUUUGGCACUAUAUUUUAUACAUUUCCAGACUGGUUUGAUACUAAUGUUUUUUGGUAUUGUUGAGUUGCCACAUUAUGUUAAUGCAAAUAUUUAGUUUGCUUGACAAGUGAUGCAUGGCUUUAAAUUAUUUGGUUUCAAAGCUGAAAUCAAUAUAUAAGCGGUGUUGAAAUUACAGAUGACUACUUAUUUGAAGCACCACAGUUUUAUUACAAUUUAUCCUGCAUGAUGGCACAGAACAAUGCUGAAACUUUUGGUAAGUUUUUAUUUUAUAUAUUAGCUUUUAUAACAUGUGGCAGGCCUUUAACAUGGUGGUUCUUCAUUGCCGUGCACAGACCAGUUAUAGCCCAGGUUUCAUUCUAUUUGUAAUGUUUGUUCAAUGUUUAUGAGAUUGUUUCAGUGUGGAAGUUGAGGUUUUGGAUAACUGGGGGUAAAGUCUGUUACAUAUUAUACUCUAGAGCCCGAACAACAGUAGUUUGAGGCCAAUACAGAUAUUUAUGUUUCUGAGUUAAAGAAAAUCUGACAAUUACAUGUUGACCAUUAUUGGGUUGUUUAAUAUAAAUGCAUAACAAAUAGGUGGCACGCUACUUUAUGGCUUGGUAAUACCAUGGUGUAUAUAGUGGGUAAUAAUAAAGUAAUAAUUAAUACCAUGUAGUUAUGGUAUUAACAUUGGGUGUAUGUGGGUAAUAGACUGAAAUGUAUGUAACAGGAUAUGGAGGGGGGAAAAAAGGGGGAAUAGUGUCAGUUAAAGUUAACAAUAAAAUGGUUCUAUCAGUGCAGUAAUUCAAAAUGCCAAACUACUUGUUUCUAUUUCAUUUCAUGGUAAAGAGGCAGACUGAUUAGAGGAAAACAGUUUCCGUCUAACCAUAAAUCAGGGCUGCUAAACGCUAAACCACCUGUUUCCAGCACGCACGCACUCACGCACACACUGGAGUGACAUAUUUGUUUUAUGGCCUGUUUACUUCCUGUCAACUACACCUUCACCUCCAACCGUAGUGAUCACUUUUUUUCAUCAAUUACUUCACUUUUCAGUUAGCUCUGUCCAUAUUAACAGUGUUUACCAUUUGUUUGUGAUCAAUUUGAUUAUCUCCUCAGUGUUUUAGAUAACCUUUUACCAAUGUUGGCUAGUCACUGUGUAGCCUGUUUUCCCAGUUUAGCUAACUUUGGCUUGUAAUGGCUUUUGCAAGAUGAUAUACGUUACUGUAGAGUUGACAGGUAGUAAACAGAUGGUAAAACAAAUAUACGUCACUCUGCAUUGUGUAAGUAGAGAAUAUAUAUUAAAAUGAAAUGAAGUAGAAACAAGUAUAGUUUUUGUUUUGUUUUGUUUUUUCACUAAUAACAAUUUUAUUGUUAGCAGGUUACCAAAAUGUUACUAUAACUAAAUAUUUUGCCUUGUUAACUUUAAAUGUGUAUCCCCAUAGCCCUUGUUUUUGACCCUGUCACAUAAAUUCUAGUCUAUUACCCUAAUAUACCCUUUGUUAAUACAAAGUUAUUUUGUAAUUACAUGGGAUUGCUUGAUUAUUACAUUUUUAUUAUCACUCAAUUACCCCAGUAUUUCCAUCUACUGAGCUGUAAUGUAAAGUGUUACCCAGACAUUUUUUAUUUUAGGAUCCUUUUUGAAUAUUAGUGUUGUGACCAAUUGGAACAUUUGCACUGUUUGUAAAUGACCUUAAACACCAUCUUUGGCUUUCUCUACUGCAAUUUCCUAUUUUACUGGGAUAUACACUGAAUACAAAUUUGUCAUAAGAUAUUGUCCACCUUAUUUAUUACUCAGCCUUUACUCUAAAGAAAAUGUCUCAACGGAAGUUAUUUUGUUGGCUUUUUGCUUUAUGUUGCAAUGGUCACCAGAAGUUGUUCUUUUAGUGUAAAAUUUUAAUGGCUAAAAACACAGAACUUUGAAAAUUAAAUGUCAGGGUCAUGUGUCCUGUACAUUUAGUCUAAGUGUUGACUAAAAAAAAGACGUGGUGUUAUUGCAUGUUUUGCUUUUGUAAGGCACCCCUUGAGUUGCUCAUGGAAUGUAUGCGUGUAUGUAUGUAACAGACUUUACAGUGACCCUGCAGGUGUUGUGUAAAUGUUAUUUCAGAAUGACAGAUUUUCACUUGUGUUCAAGUAAAACACGCUUUUUCAUCAUGUUGAUAAAGAAUACAGACUAAACAACUGCAUUGUUUCUGCAUACCUUCUACAUAAAUUUUCAUCAUGAGCAAUAUGAGUGAGCAGACAAUAUGUUCAUGGUUUCAACUGAUACACUCCGACUUCAAUUCUUCAGUUUGCCAGAUAUUUGUGGAUCAAUGAGACUUCAAUAAAUACCUGCUUUGACCAAAAUGCACCAGGUUA